AUGGCGCCAUUCAAUGAAAGGGCUAGCGGACCAUUUGGAUGCAUAGCACAGCCCAACGAGCCCGGCGUGUUCAUUGGAAAAAUUGCACUAAACAACCCAUCGAGGGAAUAUCUCGGUUAUGUAGACAAAGCGGCGUCUGAAAAGAAAAUUGUUAGGGAUGUUUUUACUCAUGGAGACCAGGCUUUUAUUUCAGGUGAUAUCUUGGUGGCAGACGAGCUGGGAUACUUGUACUUUAGAGAUCGUACCGGAGACACGUUCCGGUGGCGUGGCGAGAAUGUCAGCACCACUGAGGUGGAGGCCGCAGUCUCUAGGGUCGCAGAUCAACGAGACGCUGUCGUUUAUGGUGUGGAGGUGCCAAACGUUGAGGGUCGAGCUGGUAUGUGCGGCGUGGUAGAUCCUGAAGGAACUCUGGACCUGGAGGAAAUGUCUAGAGCGUUGGCACGAGAUCUGCCUGCAUACGCGAGACCUGUCUUUAUACGACGAAUGGCCAGUGUAGACCUCACAGGUACAUUCAAGAUGAAAAAAGUUGAGUUACAAAAGGAAGGAUUCGAUCCUUCAUUGAUAAAAAAGGAUAAGCUUUACUAUUUAGACGUGAAAUCGGGUAGUUAUCUGCCACUCGGCCCGGAAGAGUAUGAAAAAAUUGUCAACGGAAAAAUAAGGUUGUAA